AUGAGUGGGCUACCGGCAGGCAAGCCAAUACGGGAAGCUUCCGUGCGUUCCUUCAGCGGUUUUCCCGUCCUUCUCGACCCCUGGAGUCCGCCUGAACAGCACACCGGGCUCACGCUUUCACCAGACGCCUGGGUGACUCCACAGCAAGCUCCCUGGUCUGCGCCCGCGGCUUUUGCCAACAAGGAAUCCGUCUUGUCAUCAAGCCUGGUUAAAAAGAAGGCGACCGCUCGAGAAUCGAAGGAUGAAGAGCAGCCACGCAGAAAGGGCACGUACGAGGCCGUGCCUCGUUCCUCUCGCCGUCUCCUUCCCUCAUCAACCGUUUUUUGGCCUUCGCACGGCGGGCUACCCAGUGCGUCUCCAGUUGUGUUUGCCCAGGAGGGCGUCUCAGGAGCGGGAGAGACAAGUGAAGAGCCUAACGGAGGAGCGGGCGGGACCGGGUCCCCACUCGACUUUCUAGAUGCUGCCACCGAGGCCUCGCUGAGCAAUCCGCCGCCGCUGAGUGAAGACGGUUCCCCUCUCGUAGCUGCGGCGCGGUCCCAAGAAAUAACGAUAGCUAGCAGUCUGCCUUUCUGCGAACUCGAGUGGGAUGCUCUUGGGCCCCUGCUUGGCGCAGGCUCGUAUGGCCGUGUUUAUGCACUUCGCUACCUCGGCGACUGUGAUGCCGCGAAGGAAUUCUCUGACCGAACCUUUGGUGUCAAACUCUUCCGGUGUCAACGUGGCGGCGCCAUACAGUUUCUAGAAGAGGUUGACGGCAACUCCGCACCGGCUAGCCCAGAUAUCCUCAAGGCCAUACAGCGUGAGACGAGAAAUAUUCCUGCAGACCGCGCGUUCCAGGAGAUGGUUCGAUUGCUUAACCCGAAGAUCGAUCUGCCUAAAUGGCAGGUCCUUGGGGAACACUUGACGCCAGACUUGGUUGCCAUGGAAUCCAAGACGUUAAGGGCCUUGAUUAACACGAAAUAUUAUUACCUCGAAAUGCGUCAAACCAACAUGCUUUUUCAACGGAUCGAGGCGUUUAUCCAGCGAAUUAGACCUGAUGCAUGGGCGAGCGUACAGGAAGCGAGCGAGAGGGCCAGAGCGUUGAAGUAUGCUGAAAUUGGCUUUCGAGAGAACCAUUGGAACCUCCCCCUAGGGAGGGUGAUUGUCACAGACCGCACAGGCUUCCGGCACUGGGGUCUCAUCUUUGACUUGUAUCAAGGCGACCUGGAGCCCGUACCCGGCAACACUGACUUUACGCUGGACGGCUGGAACCCGGCUUCCCACCGUAAUGCUAAACUGAAGCAGAUUCUGCAGCACAGAGACUCGCUGCUCUCGCUCACGUCAAAAGUGGUCAAACCGUUCUUGGCGAUGCACAAUCGUUACGGAGUUGGACACUUCGACAUCAAGCCGUCUAACCUUCUCUACAAAGUGUCUCCAGGGGACAAUGGCCGCCCGCCUCGGCUUUCGGUCGCCGCAGCUGACUUUGGGAUGGCGACUCCGCUGCGGAGCCCCAUGCCGAUUCAGGGAACUUUGAACUAUAUGGCCCCGGACAUGGAACGCGUCCCUGGCGGCUUGAAGGCGCGCCCAGAGUUCGACGUCUACGCCCUUGGGUUGACCCUCGCGUCGUUCUGGACGGUGGGAACGAACCUGGUGACCACGCCGCCUUGGGUGGAGUUCUGCAUCAAGCCGGCGCUGCUGCAGGGCGCUGCCGAGCACGGGGGCUCCAAAGACUUCACCAUGCAGCGGUUCAAAAGCCGCGCGGGUCCGAGAAUAUUUAGCCCUCGCACGCUCACCGCUCUCAUCAGUUGCUUCGCUCCCGGAGGGCUGGUCGACAAACUGUAUCAUACGGAAAUGCCUUAUUUGGUUCGGCUCAAAAUUUCGCAGAUGAUUGAGCCGGACCCUCUAGUUAGAGUCAGCAUGCGCCACGCUCACUUUCUUUUCAAAGCUCUUUGGAUGGCUGAGCAGCUUUCGAGCGAGACGACGGAAGCCGGCUCGCGAUUGGCAGAUGAAGCAAAGCUUGCGAAAUUUCAGCAGAUCCCGCUCGUGCAGUUUCUCCUCUAUUACCUUGACCUCGAGCCCUUGUCACCUGGGCGCGACAACAGGAAAGCCUAUCUCCGUCUCAGUCGCGCCAUGUUGGAGUUUGGCGAGCUACAGCCACUUCAGGAGGCUGCCUUAGAAGUUGUUCAGCCGCUGGGCCUCGAUUCCUUCCGCCAUGAACAAGACUGGGUGCGGAUAGUCAGCGCCAUCUCCGACAGGGAAGCCGAAGCUGUCCUUGCGAGGACGCGAGCAAAGCUCACCAAAGGAAUCCCCGUGUCUGAGGCUGCGUGGAUGAACCUGAUCGACCUUGCAUUUGGCGUCACCCGGAACGGCAUGCACAAGCUCGCCAGGCGAGCGGUGUAUACGACAAAAACUCGUUUGCUAGAACAGACUGUUGGCGCGACAGUUGGACGCUUCGUGCGUUCGAUAUAUACCGCCAAUCCAAACGUCCAGUUGGUCGCAGAAGAUCCCCCUCCUCCUCUGUUCAAGCUCGUCCGUGCGGAGCUUGGAAUGCGUCUGCCUGAGGCCAGCCAACUGGGCAAGUUUGUCGACCGCUGCGUGGCGAAGAGCUAUAUCGGGUGGGCAACCAUUGAUCGUCUGUUGCGUAAAGCUCUUCGAUACACUUCUUUACAUGGGUCGAGCCAAGCAGUCGGCCCUGCGGCUCUGGCGCACGAAACGGGCAGUGAUAGUGCGCCCGAGCACGGAGACGCGUUCUAUGACGAGGUUGCUGCAUCUCUUCAAGUCGUUACAGAGCGAUCACACUAUGGGCUUCCCUGGACUUCAAGUUCCCUCUCGUCGUUUGGCAAGACAGCGUCAGAAAUGCGCGAACACUUGCGGAGUGUAUUAAUCCCUCAAAUCGCCAACAUGUGGCCGUCUGCGACGCAGCGCCGGAUUUUGUACUAUUCUGUGAAGACGGCGGUGCGAGCCCUGGAGACGCCGCUUCCUGUUUCGCUGCAAGCUGUGUAUGAGACAGUGUUUGGCGCUUUGCCGACACACGCUCACAUUCCUCCACCCUUUCUGGUUGGACAGGAGAGAGGCGAGUAUGCCGAGAUUCUUUACCAGAGUAGUCUUGCGAGCUUCAAGGAAAUGGUCGCUUACUGGGCAACACGACAGGAGCUAAGGGUUGCCGUGGAAAGGGCACUGGAUCAGCUCGGCGGCGAAGCCAACAAUCUGACAAACGAAGAGAUGGCGGAAAGAAUGGAGAAAUAUAUCCUUCCGGAGCAUAUUCGGACGGCGCCUCCGCAGCGUUUCGGCUGGCAAGAAGGCAUGACUCAUGAAAACAUACUUUCAUCUAUCAAGCAGCGGAGGGACGAACUCAGGCGGUUAGGGCGAGGCUUUGUUGAACACCGGAUUCAAGUAAAUGGGAAGGCCCUUCCUCCUCAAGACGCGAGUUCCCUUUUCCACGCCAUCCUAGAAAAGCCGAUGCUUUUCCGUCCGACCCUCUCUGUUCUGGAAUUCAGCCAAUACUUCACACACAUCCUCAAGAAAAGUUUUGACCCCCGUUGCCGCAAGUACGUGGCGGAGUUGAGGAUACAGACGAGCAGCAGCCCUAUGGAAUUCCGAGCGGUCCCGGCGGAAGCGAAACUUGCCUCGCUCUUUGCUCGCGAUCGCGGGCCUCUCAAGCUCGUCGCAGUUGACCCCGAUCCCCCGGUUGGCGUUCAAGCGUCGGUCACGUAG